UAUAUUUUUCUCUACACAAAAUGGCCAACUUUCCCACUUUCAUAAUCCAUUUCUCUCUACUUUUAAUCACUCUCUUCUUCAAAGCAUCAAAUGCUGGUAACUAUAAUGUGCUAAGUUUUGGUGCUAAGAGUGAUGGAAGAAGAGAAUCAACUGCUUCUUUUCUCAAGGCAUGGGCUUCUGCAUGUAAUUCAGCCACAGCUUCUACAAUCUAUGUUCCUAAAGGAAAGUUCUUAAUUAACGCUAUUGUUCUCAAAGGCCCUUGUAAGAACCAAAUCACAUUUCGAAUUGAUGGGACGAUUGUUGCACCUUCAGAUUAUGGUGCUCUUGGAAACUCAAAGUCAUGGAUUUUGUUCUCUAAAGUUAACAAAGUUUCUGUCAUCGGUGGAGUUCUUGAUGCUAAAGGUGCUAGUUAUUGGGCUUGUAGGACAUCUGGAAAGAAAUGUCCUGUUGGAGCUCCGUCAAUGACAUUCAAUUGGGCAAACAACAUUGUGAUAAGUGGAUUAACAUCGAUUAAUAGUCGACAAACUCACCUAGUAAUCAAUGGCUGCAAGAAGGUUGUUGUUCAAAACGUGAAGACAAUAGCACCCGACCAAAGCCCGAACACUGAUGGAAUUCAUGUUCAAACUUCUAGUGAUGUUACAAUUAUUGGGUGUACACUACAAACCGGAGAUGAUUGCGUAUCAAUUGGUCCAGCAACUUAUAAUUUAUUCAUGACUAAUCUCAAAUGUGGACCUGGCCAUGGUGUGAGCAUUGGAAGCUUGGGGAAGGAAUUAAACGAAGAUGGAGUACAAAACAUAACCUUAAAGAACACAAUAUUUACAGGAUCAGACAAUGGCAUAAGAAUAAAAACAUGGGCAAGACCAAGCAAAGGCUUCGUUAGGAACAUUCUAUUCGACAACAUUAUUAUGAACAACGUCGAAAAUCCAAUCGUAAUAGAUCAAAAUUAUUGCCCUGAUAACAAAGGUUGUCCCAGACAAAAUUCAGGCAUACAAAUCAGCAAAGUCACGUAUAGAAAUAUUCGAGGAACAUCGGCAACCUCAGAAGCUGUGAGCUUUGAUUGUAGCAUUACUAAUCCAUGCAGAGACAUUAAACUACAAGACAUAAAGCUUCUUUAUAAGAAUAAAGCUGCCACCUCAUCAUGCAAGAAUGUUCGUGGAUCUAGUAGUGGAAUAUUAAUGCCUCGAAUGAGCUGCUUCUAGUAAAGGGAUUAGAUCAUAUUCAAAUUAAUAUUAAAGCUUAAUUAAAUGGCUUUAAUUCAGGUUUUAUUGUUUUUUUUUUAAUUAAUAGUGUUUUCUAGCGGUGGCUAAUGAUUGCUGAUGAUUAUAAGAGAUUGUAUAGUUUGGAUAUGGUCGUGUAAUACUUGAUUAGAGGGAAAUUAGGUAAUU